GAGACGGCGGCGGCGGCCGCCGCGAUGUCGGGUUUUUCCACUGGCAAGACAGGCUGUCACAAGAGGUUGAAUAGGAAGCCACUUGCUAAUUGCUCUCGUGCUAAACAAGAAACCCUAGAGGAGGAUUAUGAAUACAGGACGUUCCUUGCUCAGCAGGCUAUCCUCAAUCCUCCAUCCACGGAAGAAAAUGUCUGCAACGAUCCGAAUCCCGAUGCUGAUCCCGACUACAUGAUCUUCCUUCAGAGUUUGAAAAAAGACCAUAAAAAUAUCAACAGAGGUCAUUCAGGUGGUAAAGACUGUACCUUGGAUUGCAGUUUUGAAAAAGAUGAUGGAAGAUCAGGGGCCUCAUCAACUAGUGAGAAGGAUGUAGAUUACCCCUACUGGUGGUGCUUAGAGGAAGAGAUUGGAAGUCAUCAUUCUCAGUUUAGGGAGAAACUUAUGGAAAUUCUUUCAUUGCCAUAUGACGAGAGGGAGUAUCAACUUCUUUGGAAGAAUAUAUCAAAUAGAAAGCCAAAGCAGCGUCGAAGAGAGUUGCGAGGACGUGAAGUUUCAUAUUCUGGAGCAUAUGGCAAAUCAUAUCUCGAUUACUAUCCCGCCGUUAAAGAGAAGCUUCAGAAUGAGAAGAAUAGACAUAAAGCUUUGAAUCUGUUACGUGGGUUUUUCUUUUGGUUGAAGGUGAAGUUGGGGGAACUUAACAUAAAGCUUAAUGAAACUCUCUCUGAAAAAAUUGGCAUGGUUAAAUGAGUUUCCAUUGGAGGGAAUGAAUGAUCCCUGAUUAAUUUGCUUCCAUGGUAUUCUAUUCAACUCCUUUAAGAACUAUCGCUUUUCUCAUGCUAUUCAUCAUUGCCAAUAAGAACAAAAAUUGGCAUGGUUACAGGAGUUUUCCAUGGAAUGUUAACAGUCAUGGUGUGUUUGCUGUCUUGUGUAGCUGAAAGAGGUCAUGAGGUUUUAUUUAUAGUGAGAAUAGUAGUUUGGCAGUGACAGGAACGCCCAUUAAUUUGUUAGGUGUAUUGCACUCUGGUUUGCAACAGAGUAAAUGCAGUGCUAGCUG